CAUCACUUGUUGUUCUUCCUGACCUGCUAAUGGAGAUUGAUAGAAUGAAUGAGGAAACAAGACUGCUUACCCUAAUUGAAGGUGUUCUUGCUGCAAACAUUUUUGAUUGGGGAUCCCGUGCCUGUGUUGAUCUCUAUCAUAAAGGAACAAUUAUUGAAAUAUAUAGAAUGAGUCGCAAAAAGAUGCAAAGACCAUGGCGAGUGGAUGAUUUUGAUCUUUUUAAGGAGAGAAUGUUAGGGUCUGGAGACAAGAAACCUCCACCACAUAAAAGAGCACUACUCUUUGUGGACAACUCAGGUGUUGAUGUGAUCCUGGGAAUGCUUCCACUAGCACGGGAACUCCUCCGGCGGGGAACUGAAGUUGUUCUGGUUGCAAACUCACUCCCUGUACUAAAUGAUGUUACUGCUAUGGAGCUUCCUGAUAUUGUGGCUAAGGCUGCCAAGAGUAUCUCCACAGAACAGACAAAAAGAUUUACAAAAUUUAUGGAGAGGAAAGGCCUUAUUGAUGAAGAUGUGGUAAGAACUGAUAGAUCACUUUCAUUCUAUGAUGGGGAUGACAAUCCAAAUGUGAAUCUUUUACGAGACAUACUGCUGACAUACUCGUUUUACAACUUUGACCUUGGUUACUGUCAGAAUUAAAUAUGACCUAGUUGC